AUGGACACCCAGGAGAGAGAGCCUCUCCUAGCUUCAUCAGCUCACCCCAACAAUCUAUCUCACAGCGCUCAAGAACCAACAAGCCUCUCAUCUGAUGAGUUCCCCGCGCCGUACGUCGACACCCUACCAGGGACCCCCUACAGAAAGAACAUCAACUGGUCAAGCGCAUACAUAUUAGUCGUUUCGCAAGUGAUUGGGAGCGGCAUCUUCGCAACACCAGGCUCAAUCGUCAGAUCCGCCGGAAGCAUCGGAUUGACUCUGCUAGUAUGGCUGAUGGGGACAGUAUUAUCAGCUUGCGGGCUAGCCGUCUUCAUGGAAUUCGGAUGCAUGCUACCUCGCUCAGGAGGACAAAAGGUGUACCUCGAGUAUACCUACCCCCGACCGCGGUUUCUCGCAUCAAGCCUUAUAACUGCCCAGGUAGUGCUCCUGGGUUUUACUGCGAGCAACUGCAUUAUCUUUUCGAAAUAUACCUAUUUCGCGCUUGGUAUUGAGCCCACCGGGAUUCAGCAUAAGGUGCUCGCUGUUGGCCUCUUGACUGCCAUUACUAUUGUCCACGGCUGUUUCUUCAAAACUGGCAUUUUUGUUCAGAAUGUCCUUGGCUGGGUGAAGAUCUUCCUCAUUGCCGCGAUGUCCUUGACGGGAGUUUGGGUGGUUUUUCUUGGUUUGUAUGGAGAUACUGAUCAUAUAUCUCCGGUGUCAGGAGGUGUCAGUUCGUUUUCUUGGGAUUCCAUGUGGGAAGGAUCGAACUGGAGUUGGAGUCUGCUUUCGUCGGCUUUGUUCAAGGUCUACUAUUCCUACGCUGGGUUGAGCAAUGUGAACAAUGUCCUCAGUGAGGUUCAUGAUCCUGUGAGAAUAGUGAAAACCGUGUGUCCUACUGCACUUGUCACAGCCGGUGGUCUAUACUUCCUUGCGAAUCUUUCAUACUUCUUGGUCAUUCCACUCGAAGAGAUCAAAAAUAGCGGCGAACUCGUGGGCGCACUGCUAUUCGAAAGAUUAUUUGGAGCUCAUGUUGGAAGAAUAUUCUUUCCACUGGCAAUUGCCAUUUCAGCUGCUGGGAAUGUGAUGGUGGUAACCUUUGGCCUGGCACGUGUGUGUCAAGAGAUAGCCCGACAAGGCUUUCUUCCAUGGCCAGAGGUUAUGGGGUCUUCACGACCAUUUGGGACUCCACUGGGUGGACUUAUUGUACACUAUAUCCCUUCCAUGUUGGUCCUCGCCCUACCACCAAAAGGGGACAUCUAUAACUUUAUCCUCGACUUGGAGGGAUACCCUGGACAGAUAUUUGCCUUGGCAAUCACUGUCGGUCUGCUGGUAGUAAGAUACCGGGAGCCUCAUCUUCCACGGCCCUUCAAAGCGUGGUUGCCGUCUGUCUGGUUACGGGUCGCGGUGUGUUUAGUUCUGCUAGUAGCACCUUUCAUCCCGCCAUCGAAUUGGCGGGACCUCAAUUUAUUUUAUGCCACCUAUCCACUUGUCGGGAUUGGAAUUGUGCUCUCGGGUGUUCUCUACUGGUAUGUAUGGACAGUCUUACUCCCACGGUGGGGAGAUUACCGGCUCGAGGAAGAGAAAGAAAUUCUAUCCGACGGGACGAGCAUCAUCAAGCUCGUUCAUUCAUAUGAUAAGUGA